GAUGGAGCGCUGCACAGCCUGAAACACUUUGACCAGGGACAGGCAGAAUGUACGUCUGCCUGCGUCUGCCUGCGGUCAAACUCACAUCCAGGAGGGACUGAGUGUGGGAUAAUAACUGUGAAGCGUCUUUCAUGUCCUCUGGAUUGGAUGCUGAGAGCAGUAAUCCUCUCGGGAGGGGAAAAGAGAGAGAAAAAGAGGCUGGGUACGGGGCAGAGAGCACGAGGAAGAAGAGGGAACUCUUCAGUGUGAUUGAAGGGCAGGUGCAAGCAGAUCUCUGGUGCACACAUGAAGUUUUGGUCCUGUCGUAUGUGAGCGACAGAAGGACAUUUUUGUUUAUUUAGUUUCACCUUCUUCCUGUUUGUCUUUUUUUCUUCUUCUUCGUCUUGUUUGAGAGGAACAAAGUGUCCUGUUUUUUGGGGUUUUCUUUCCAAAGGAGUGUAAGGGUUGAUAGCUGAGGGACCGUCUAUGGUGAAGAUGAGUCUGGACGCCGUACAGGUGAUGAGCGGACAGGUGAAGGAGCUCAAAGUUUCCCCUUCGUCCAACGGAGACGCCAGAGGCUCCUGGGAGGGCAAAGAGGAGUUCGACCCCAACCAGCUGGAGCUGACCACCAAACCGAAGCCGGUGACAGGCAGACGGGCCCGGAAGGUGGAGGGAGCCGUGUUCUUCCCAAAGCCAGAGAACGCCGUGACGGUGGCCGUCUCUUCCCGGGUCUUGUUUCGGACCGAGCGGGAGCAGAAGGUGUUCGAGCAGAAAGGCGUGGAGGAAUACCUGAGAUACCAGAUCGAGCACGAGAACGAGCCCUUCGCGCCGGGACCCGCUUUUCCUUUCGUCAAGGCUCUGGAGGUGGUCAACGCUCGCCUGAGGGAGCUUUACCCCGAGAGUGAAGAACUGUUUGACAUCGUCUUGGUGACGUACAACCACGCUCAUGUUGGGAUCCGGCUCAUCAACACCAUCAAUCACCACAACUUAUUUAUCGAGAGGUUCUGUAUGACCGGAGGAAGCAGUCCGAUUGGCUACCUGAAGGCCUGGCACACCAACCUCUACCUGUCUGCAGACGCUGAGAAAGUCAGGGAGGCGCUGGCUGAAGGCAUCGCAGCAGCAACCAUGUUCAUGCCGGAGAAGCUGACCGAGGUGUCGGAGUCUCAGCUGAGAGUGGCGUUCGACGGCGACGCCGUCCUGUUCUCUGACGAGUCUGAGUGCAUCUUCAAGACCCACGGACUGGACAAGUUCUUCGAGCACGAGAAGGAAAACGAGGACAGACUCCUGGAUCACGGUCCCCUGAAGGGUUUCCUGGAGGUUCUGGGGAAGCUGCAGAAGAAAUUCUACGCCAAAGGCCAACGCCUGGACUGUCCCAUCCGCACAUACCUGGUCACGGCUCGGAGCGCGGCCAGCUCAGGGAUCCGGGCACUGAAGACGCUCAGGGCCUGGGGGCUGGAGAUCGACGAGGCGCUGUUCCUCGCCGGCGCCCCCAAGGGCCCCAUGCUGGAGAAGAUCCGGCCACACAUCUACUUCGACGACCAGAUGUUUCACGUGGAGGGAGCGGCGGAGAUGGGCACCGCCGCCGCGCACGUUCCUUAUGGGAUUGCACAGAAAUAUAACAGCCAGCAGAAGAUGAGCUCAGGAAAGUAAAAAAAGAAAAACUCGACAGCAACAAAGACGGUGGGGGGGUGGGUGUUGGGGGGUGGGGGGAGAUAUCCUGGAGUGGAAGAGAAGCUUAACUUAUACUGUUAAAUGUUUGCAAAAUGCACUAAGGUCAAGGAGAGGUCUGGAACCCGAGGUGACCAGGAAGCCAACAUGAAUGUCCCCUGUAGAAGCCAACGCCUUAGUGAGCCGUCUGCUGGGGAGAUUUAGGAAAUGUUGCCCUGCAUAAGACAGCAGGUGUUUCACUGCCACUAUAAAUGCACUAUUUUUCACUCUCCUCCUUGACUUGCUAAGAAAACAAAACCCACCUCUACAAAGAUGCAAAGCAUCACUGUACGUAAACCCUUCCACCGAAUGUUACUGAGCUACAAGCACAAAGCAGAGACUGUUAGAUUACAUCCAGGGUAAAUAUAGAACAAAUUAGUAGUAAUAUAGAAUGCUGGAAAUCAUUUUGUAAUUUUGAUUUCAGAGAAAUGUAAAAUGUAUAUAUAUAUAUUUGUAAACUACAAUGACGUGUUGGGACCACUGUAGAUAGAAAAGAAAAAAAAAAAAACAAGUAGUACAUUUUCACCAAAAAACAGAAAUAUUGAGAUCAAUCUCAAAAUUUACUGUCUUUGAAAGUCAAAAAAAAAAAAAAAGAAAAUCGCCAGAAAUCGCUCAGAAAUUCUGGGGUUAAGCACAGAAAUCUUCUGGGAAAAGCAGAAAAUUUGCUCGCAACAUUUUCUCAGAAAUGUUUGAGAAAAAAAAGACAUCAAAAUAUCUGCGUUUUAAAAAUAAAAAAUUUUCAGGUUUUGGAACUCAAACGUCCUCCAAGAUUUUUCCAGAAAAUGUGUGAGAUCAAUCUCAAACGUUUUUUCUAGCAAGUCGGUGAAAUUUCCCCAAAAAGAUUUUUUCUCAAAUUUCUGAGAUUUUUGAGGCAAUAUUUUACUUUUCAAACUUUUGCUAAAAAUUUGAGAUUUUUUGGCAAAAAUUUACUCCAUUUCUUUUUUCUUUUUUUUGUCUACAAUGGCUCUAACAUGCUGUCAACUGAAUGCAACUUCUCUGGUGUGAGUCCAAAACAACUGUAGAAAGCCAUAAGUCUCAGAUUGUGCCUUAUGAAUGGCAGUUAUUAUUAACCAACCCUGUUUCAUAUGUAAUGUAUAAUGUAUUAAGUAUUAUUUAAUGCAACAGUACUCCUAAUCCUUGAACUCUUUCACAUUUUCUCACAUUACAACCACUAAUUUCAAGGAACGCAUUAAUCAGAGAACCAGCCAAGAGGCCCAUGACAGAAAUGGAGGAGCUGCAGAGAUUCACUGCUCAGUUUGGAGAAUUCGUCAUUCGCUCCAGGCAUCUGCCUUUUACAGAGGAAUGAAAAGAAGGCAGCCACUGAUGAAAGAAAGCUACGAUUAAAGUUGUUAAAAGUUUCCAACAAGCCAUGUCGACUGACAGAAACUUUGAAAAGUGCGCUCUGGUCAGAUGAACCAAAUGUGAUAAUCAGACGGUAUGUGUGAAUCUUGGUGGUGGCAGCAUCAUGCUGUAGAGAUCACCGCUCUUUUAGCAGGAACGAGGAAGCAGGUUAUGAUUGAGAAUCUUAAAACCUGUUGUCAGUGAUCCCUCCAUCCAACCUCGUUGUUGUUUUUCAAAGACAGGUGAGCAAAAACGUCAGUCUCCAGCUGUGUGAAGCUGGUAAAUACAUACAGCUUUCAAUGAAAGGAGGUCCUACAGGUAUUGACACAUGGCUAUAUAUAUUACUCAAUUUUAAGGUUUUUAUUUGUUGAAACCUCAGAUUUUCUUUUCCCCUUUGUUGUUUGUGGUUGCGAUGUCACAAAAUGCGAAGAUGUUGGAAGGCUGUGAAUCCUGAUGGACAUCACUGUGAUAUGAUGGAAUGUAUUGCUCUGAAAAUGUACAUUAUUGGCCCUUUUCCACUAAUAUCCACUCAGCACGGUUCGACUCGGUUCUGCGACAUUUUCCACGACUAAUGUUUUACGUGGGAAUGGAAGAGCACGGAGUCGCAACGUUAGAACAACGUCGCUUACUCACUGGCUAGGGGGUAGAGUCACUGGUUGUGACUCCCAUACAAUAUUCCUGCCAAUAUGGCUGUUUUGUGAAAACUCAAAACAUCAACCGAGUGUAUUAGGAGUUUCAAGGACAAUGGCAGACUUAGCAGAAAUGUUCAACAGUUUCCAUUGUUGUGUUUUUCUUCUGCACAGAUCAGGAGUUUUCAGUCUGUGGGACUGAAUAUGACGACCAUCCACUACAAGUGAACUAUGUGCUGUUUAGCCACGCUGAGCUGCUUUGCUAGGUGCUAGUGGAAAAAGGCCGUACAAUGCUCCAGAUUUUUUAAGCUAGCCUGCUUAGAAAAAAGGUAAUUUGUUGGUAGCCUUUAGCCUUAGCUACAGGCCGCUAACAUCCUUAAGAUUGUCAAGAUUUUCCAAAAGGUCUUUUUUUUUCUGAGUGCCUUUAGUUUCAAACAAUGCACAAACUUUUCCCACCCAGACUUUAAGUCCUGUCGUAUCAUUUCUAAGCAAACGUAAACACGAUCCAGUCAUUAGCAUGGUAACGCUUACCAAGCUAGCAUCCUCUUUUCACGUCUAAAGCCAAGCUAGGGCUAAGAUACAACUGAAGAUAAAUAGGACUGUUGUCAUGAUUAGGCUGAAUUACUUGAGCGAAGCUGUUUGUCAUUAUGUAAUCACCUCUCAUUUGCUAUUGGAAGUCAGUUUGAGUUUCGUAAUCAAGAAAAUCAACUUGAUUCACCCCUAACUUUGAAAUCGGGACAUUGGAAGGUUUUAAAAAUCAGUCUGUAGUUAAAGUUUAACCACAUAUUUGUAGCUUUUUUAGUUAUUGUCCAAGUAAGAACAAAACAACCAGCAUUUCCUGCUGGUUUUCCACCGUCCAUCCAGAACAAGGUUAUCCUGAGCGUAGCAGCUUUCUGAGAUCUGACCUCUGACUUCCAUGGUAAAUGGGAACCGUCACACUCGUUUUGUCCCCUGAACAUAGCUCGGUAUAAAAGCGAUAAAACUUUCUGCAGCAUUAAAUGGGCGAGUGCAACAAAGCACUUAAAUGUUAUUUGUUUUAUCCAAAUGUGCGAAAGAUCUUACUUGUAUUUUGUUGCAUUUCAAUAAAUUUCAAAAACGCAUCUCA